AUGGACUAUCUCAGUCUACUGGAUACUCUUGGGCAUGAAGUUGAAGAUGCCGAGCAAGAUGCAUUUAUCCAAUUCUCCGACCCAAUACCCUCAAGUGAUCUGGGAUUCGUCGACUCUCGAUCAAACAAUGUAGAACUUACUGUCAAUGGAGAGGAGUUCACAAUCCACCAAUCGCCCACCAUCCUAUCCUCUACCAGAGCUGGUGGGACCACAGGUGCUGUUCUGUGGCAAGUUACGCCUAGACUAGCAGAAUGGCUCUGCAAGAAAGAUAAUCCUCUAUGGAAGUCUUCUAUUCUGAACCAGGAUUCCGCUGUUGCUGAGCUUGGAUGCGGUAUUUCAGGGCUUCUGGCUUUAUCCCUUGGGCCAAAAGUAGGCAAUUAUAUCGCGACUGACCAGGAAUAUGUUCGGAAACUGUUCAAUGAGAAUAUCCAGGAGAAUACGGCUCAGGGCGCAUCUUCGGGCAAGGAAAGAGGCAAAUCAAGUAAAAAGACAACGAGCCUUGAUCGAAGGCAGAAACAUCAUCGUGAUCGGACGGACAGUCCGGUUCGCGCAAGGGGCGAUCAGAAAAGUAAUGUUUUGGAAAAGAUCAAGUUUGUGCCUUUGGAUUGGGAGCUGGAUUCGCCGGAUAUGUUGAAGCGUUCGAUCGGGGCCGAAGAAGGGGAUUUGGGGUUUGAUAUUGUGAUUGCGUGUGAUUGCAUCUAUAAUGAUGCAUUGAUUGGGCCGUUUGUUGCGACGUGUGCUGAUAUAUGUCGACUACGUCCGGCGUUGAAGACUGAUGGUAACAAUAUGAGACCGGAAGAAGGGUUGAAGCCUACCAUAUGUAUCGUUGGCCAGCAAUUGAGGUCGUAUGAGGUGUUUGAGGAUUGGUUGCGGAAGACGCUGGAGGAGUUUCGGGUUUGGAGGGUCAAGGAUGGAGUUGCCGGACGUACUUUGGGUUCUGGAUCAGGGUUUACUGUGCAUCUAUUGGUUUUGAGAGAAGGGAGCUAG